AUGGGCGUGGCUUCCCCCAAGCGGCCGGAGCGCCCGGGGCCCAGCAGACAUGACCUCUCCCAGGUGAGCCCGGCCGCCCGGUGGCCAGACGCCGGGACCCCACCAUAUGCGCUUCGGGCCGAUGGGCGCCGACAGGGGGUUGGAGAGGAGAGCACGUCUCUGGAGAAGCUGGAUAGGAGCACCGGGUGGCCUUGGGCAGGUCACCUGAGCUUCUGGGCCUCUGUGAACCAGUACGUGUGCCCUGGGGAGCAAUGGAGGUGGUUUCAUCCCAACAUCAGCGGGGUCGAGGCGGAACAGCUGCUCCUGUCCAGGGGCCAGCACGGGAGCUUCCUGGCAAGACCCAGCCAGAGCUGCCCUGGGGGCUUCACGCUGUCCGUCAGGCGCCAUGACGAGGUGACCCACAUCAAGGUGCAGAGCACAGGCGACUACUGCGAUCUGUACGGAGGGGAGAAGUUCGCGACGCUGGCCGAGCUGGUGCAGCACCACACAGGCCAGCGCGGGGGUCUGCUUCGGGAGCGCGGGGGCGCCCCCGUGGAGCUCCGGCACCCGCUGGGCUGCCAGGACCCCACGUCGGAACGGUGGUAUCACGGGCACCUGUCUGGCAAGGAGGCCGAGAAGCUGCUGAUGGAGAAGGGGCGUCCGGGCAGCUUUCUGGUUCGGGAGAGUCAGAGCAAGCCUGGGGACUUCGUGCUGUCAGCGCUCACACAGCAGCUGGACAGGGCGGACCGCCAGCCACGCGUCACCCACGUCAGGAUCCACUUCCAGCCAGAUGGGAAGUGCGAUGUGGGAGGCGGCGAGCGGUUCGACACCCUGGGAGACCUGGUGGAAAGCUACAGGAAGAACCCCCUGGUGGAGAGAUCGGGGGCCGUGGUGCACCUCGGGCAGCCCCUCAAGACCACGAGAAUCAGCGCCACAAGCAUUGGGAGCCGUGUGCGGGAGCUCAGCCAGGCCACAGACGCCAGCGAGAAGGCCAAGCAGGGCUUCUGGGAGGAGUUUGAGGUGUCGACCUGCUGCCUGCUGCCCCCCGCUGACUUCCAUUCCCGGGCUGCAGCGAGGAUGCUGCAGCAGCAGGAAUGCCGGCUCCUGUAUCCCCGGAAGGAGGGCCAGAGGCUGGAGAACAAGCCCAAGAAUCGAUACAAGAACAUCCUUCCCUUUGAUACCACCCGUGUCAUCCUGCGUGAUGUGGAUGACAGUGUGCCUGGAGCCGACUACAUCAACGCCAACUACAUCAGGAGUGACCCAGAGGAGAAGCCAGGCCACGGACCGGGCAAGGUGUACAUCGCCACCCAGGGCUGUCUGCCAACUACAGUGGCUGCCUUCUGGGCCAUGGUGCACCAGGAGAACACGCGUGUCAUCGUUAUGACCACCAGGGAGGUGGAACGAGGCCGGGACAAGUGUUUCCGAUACUGGCCAGAGCUGCACGGCAGCCAGGACUACGGCCGCCUGCGUGUGUGCAACGUGGCUGAGCACCAGGCCCAGGGCUAUUGUGUGCGGGAGCUGCGGGUGUGGCGGGCAGACCGGGGUCACAGCCCUGUCAGCAGGGCAGGUGCCUGGGACGCGCCCAGACGUACCUGCUGGCGCUCACGAGCCCGCCCUGCCCAGGAGGAGUCGCCGCGCACGGUGAAGCACUGCCAGUACUUGAGCUGGCCGGACCAUGGGGUCCCGGCCGAGCCCACCGGCGUCCUUGGCUUCCUGGACGAGGUGAACCAGGCCCAGAGCAGCAUGCUGGGGGCCGGACCCAUGGUAGUACACUGCAGCGCCGGCAUCGGACGCACUGGCACCAUCAUUGUGAUUGACAUCCUGGUGGACGUCAUUCGCAGGCAGGGGCCGGACUGCGACAUCGACGUCCUCAAGACGAUCCAGCUGGUGCGGCGGCAGCGCUCGGGGAUGGUGCAGACCGAGGCGCAGUACAAGUUCGUGUACUUGGCGCUGCAGCGGUACAUCCAGGGCGAGCAGCUGCGCCUGCGCGAGCAGGUGGGGGCGGGGCCGCGCCGGGGUGGAGCCUGCGGGGGCAUCGCCAUGGCGACCCGCGGCCCCUCCCCUCAGCGCGAGCCGCGGGAGGAAGGCGACUCCCUGAACGUGGGCGCCUCGCCCGCCGACCCCGGCCGCAGCCCCGGACCCGCGCCGCCCCGGGCGCCGGCGGCGACCCCGGAGGCCUCCGGCCGCGCGUACGGGAACCUGCGGGACCUCUGGCCGUGAGGGCUCCGCGCGCGCGCGCCCCGGGCGGGGCUGGAGCCGCGCGAGAAGCCGGGAGCCCGGCGAGGCCGGCCCUCGCGUUCCUCCAGAGCGCUGUGUUUAGGACCGUGCAGACCGACGCCCAGCCCCGAGCGCCGCGGGGAGAGGGUCCGGGGCUGCCCCGCAGACCCUCCCAGACCAGGUCCGCACGCCCAGAAAUGGCGAGGGGCGGCCCGGAGAUCCGGUGUGCCUGCCCCUCCUGGAGGAGGGGAGACAGGCCUGCAGGGCUGCGCUUUGCGUCCGUGUGUGACCACCUGCUCGGCGCAGUGGCCACCGUGCCUUGUGUGUGCCGCAGGUUUGCGGGUCAGCCUAUGUGUGGAACGUGAGUGACCAGCAAGUGCGUGCCAGUCUGUGGUCACCAGCGUUUGUGCCCCUCUCCCCUGCCUCCUUCAUGCCCCCCACCCCUUCGGAGCUGCUUCUCAGCCCUGCGCAUAGCGGUGUCUAGGAUGUGGCCCAGGCGGUGGCUCGGCCCCUGCCCGUGCCCAGGCCUUGCCCAGACCGUCAUGUCGCGGUCACGCCUGGGUACAUGCUUGUUGAGUGAGGAAAUAUGUGACGUGCUCAUGUGACCACGGUGACAAGGGCGAGGCUCUGUGUGUGCCUGACUGGUUUGUGAUGGUGUGAUGUCACUGGCAUGUGGUCUGUGGUCACACCCUCCCAUCACGGAUGGCCCUGUGGCUUUGUGGUCUCCUCAGUAAAGUGCCUUCUUCUCAGUUUUGUGUCUUUGUCAGGGCCUGGAGAAAGGGUGCGUGUGGGUCCCCACGACCGGGCCCAACUUCCCCAGGGUCUCUGUGAGCCAGAGGCCCGGCUGGUUGGAGCAGGAAGUCCUGGGCUUUGGGAUGAGGGGUGAGGAGGCUGAGGCCUGUGCGAGCCAGCACUGGCCUGGCCUCUCUUUGCCGUGCCAACCUGGUGGUGCAGGAUUCCUGGGCCGAGAGCAAAACCGAGUCUGGAAGGUGGGGGUUAGCAGGACUCCCGCCCAGCCCUCCUGACACUGGCUUCCCCAGCUGGGCCUGGCCCGGGGAGGGUCUUCUGGAGGAACCUGAGGACCGUGGGUCUUCAGGACACACUGGUUGUCGCCACCUCCGCUUCUGUGCACACUUGGGCCUCGGUUCCCGGGGGUCAUGGGGUCCUGCAGCACUCCCGUCGGGGCUCCAGGCGGGGCUGUGGGGCCAUGACUUCUGGGGGAUGCAGCCUGGGAUGACCGUGGUGAGGGGUGGGGAGGCGGGCUCUGGACCAGGCCAAGGCCCCACACCAGUCCCGCCUGCCCCAGGUGCUCCAGGCCUUCCCCAUCUCCCUGGGGCAGGCAAGUCCAGAUCUGCUCCAGCCCAUCCACAGUCCUGAGGGGACAAGAGUUGGCCCCCUAGAACCUGGGGCCACCCACCCUAUGCGCUGCUGGGAGUCCAGGCCAGUGGGGGUGUCCUCUGGAUCCAGGGUGUUUGUGGAAGGGGCGGAUUGUGGGCUUUUCUGGAGGGAGGGGCUUAAUGCUGCAGGAAAGAGGACACAGGGUGAGGACCCCUUACCAAUUGUGGGUACAAAAUAAUUUAUUUAAAAAUGUACAGUUCAGGAGGGUGGGAUGGGCACCGGGGGCUGGGCUCCCUGCCACUGCUUUCUGUCCCCCUGGCCACCCAAGGGACGAGGCCAGCCCAGCCUGGGGAAGGGAGGAGCUGUGGGGGAAAUGUGAAAAUAAAAUAAGAAUGGCGAGGGCUUCCUAGGUGGCGCAGUGGUUGGGAAUCUGCCUGCCAAUGCAGAGGUCACGGGUUUGAUCCAGGAAGAUCCCACAUGCCACGGAGCAACUAAGCCCGUGUGCCAAAGAAAAAAAAAAAAAAGAA